GGGAGGGGAGGAUGCGAGAUGACUGGCCUUGGCAACCUGACCAUUCUCCUUAGCAGAGCCUUGGAAAGACAGCCAGAGACUGACUGCAGCACCAAGGAGGCGCCGCACCUCUUGUGGAUGUGUGUCUGUGUGUGUGUGUGAGUGGGUGAAUGGGUGUGAGUGAGGGUGUGUGUGUGCAUUGUGACUGUGUGUGUGCGUGUCCAGAUGAGUGUACGAGUGCAUGUGUGAGUGUGUGUGUGUGUGUGUGCGUGUGUGUGUGUGUGUGAGAGCUCUUGGUUUUUAUUUUUUUGAAGAAAAAUCUUGAAAAUCUGGGGCAGGUUACUGUGCUCCUAGGGUGGUGGUUCUUCUUUUGCAAGAGGAGCUGACCAGACCAAUCUACUAGAGACAUUUUUCGGCGAGUAAAGAUUAUUUUCCUUCCAGGAGAGGGAUUUUUUCCCCCCCUGGCUCUGCAGCCAAGUGAAAGAGAUUAGCCCCUAAACCUGUGAAAUCGACCAGAGCCGUGUGAGAGAGAAUACGGGAAGAAAAGGAGAUAUAAAUUAAAUAGCCUGUCAGUGCCUUUGGCCACGUUGGAAGAUGUCAUCUCAAACUAAGUUCAAGAAAGACAAAGAGAUCAUUGCUGAAUAUGAAGCCCAAAUAAAAGAGAUCCGCACGCAGCUGGUGGAGCAGUUCAAAUGCUUGGAGCAGCAGUCGGAGUCUAGGCUGCAGCUGCUACAGGACCUCCAGGAGUUUUUCCGCCGGAAAGCUGAGAUCGAGCUUGAGUACUCCCGCAGCCUGGAGAAGCUGGCUGAGCGGUUCUCCUCCAAGAUCCGCAGCUCCCGGGAGCACCAGUUUAAGAAGGACCAGUACCUCCUCUCACCCGUGAACUGCUGGUAUCUGGUCCUGCAUCAGACCAGGCGGGAGAGCCGAGACCAUGCCACCCUCAAUGACAUCUUCAUGAACAACGUCAUCGUCCGCCUCUCACAGAUCAGUGAGGAUGUCAUCAGACUCUUCAAAAAGAGCAAGGAGAUUGGCCUGCAGAUGCACGAGGAGCUCCUGAAGGUCACCAACGAGCUCUACACAGUCAUGAAAACCUACCACAUGUACCACGCGGAGAGCAUCAGUGCGGAGAGCAAGCUGAAGGAGGCUGAGAAGCAGGAGGAGAAGCAGUUCAACAAGGCAGGAGAGCUCAGCAUGAACCUGCUCCGGCACGACGACCGGCCCCAGCGCCGCAGCUCUGUGAAGAAGAUUGAGAAGAUGAAGGAGAAGAGGCAGGCAAAGUAUUCUGAGAACAAGCUGAAGUGCACGAAGGCCCGGAAUGACUACUUGCUGAAUCUGGCUGCCACCAACGCAGCUAUAAGCAAAUACUACAUCCACGAUGUCUCCGACCUGAUCGAUUGCUGUGAUUUGGGCUUUCAUGCCAGCCUGGCCCGCACCUUCCGGACCUACCUCUCAGCCGAGUACAACCUGGAGACCUCUCGCCACGAGGGGCUGGAUGUUAUUGAGAAUGCGGUGGACAACCUGGAUUCCAGAAGUGACAAGCACACGGUCAUGGACAUGUACAACCAGGUCUUCUGUCCUCCACUCAAGUUUGAGUUCCAGCCGCACAUGGGGGAUGAGGUGUGCCAGGUCAGUGCACAGCAGCCCGUCCAGACAGAAUUACUCAUGCGGUACCACCAGCUGCAGUCCAGACUGGCCACUCUCAAGAUAGAGAAUGAGGAGGUGAGAAAAACCCUGGAUGCCACCAUGCAGACCUUACAGGACAUGCUGACCGUGGAGGACUUUGAUGUCUCUGACGCCUUCCAACACAGUCGGUCCACAGAGUCCGUAAAGUCGGCUGCCUCUGAGACCUACAUGAGCAAGAUCAACAUUGCCAAAAGGAGAGCCAACCAGCAGGAGACAGAAAUGUUUUAUUUUACAAAAUUUAAAGAAUAUGUGAACGGCAGUAACCUCAUCACUAAGCUGCAGGCCAAGCACGACUUACUCAAGCAGACUCUGGGUGAAGGGGAAAGAGCAGACUGUGGCACAACCAGGCCCCCCUGUCUUCCCCCUAAACCACAGAAAAUGAGGAGACCUAGGCCUCUCUCAGUGUGUAACCAUAAACUAUUUAACGGCUGUAUGGAAGCGUUCAUUAAGGAUUCGGGACAAGCUAUCCCACUGGUAGUUGAGAGCUGCAUCCGAUACAUCAAUUUAUACGGACUCCAGCAGCAAGGGAUCUUCCGAGUGCCAGGAUCUCAGGUUGAAGUCAAUGACAUCAAAAAUUCCUUUGAGAGAGGUGAAGACCCCCUUGUGGAUGAUCAAAAUGAACGAGAUAUCAAUUCCGUCGCCGGUGUUUUAAAACUGUAUUUCCGAGGACUGGAAAACCCACUCUUUCCUAAGGAAAGGUUUCAAGAUUUGAUAUCUACUAUUAAACUGGAGAGCCCAGCUGAGAGGGUGCACCAGAUCCAACAAAUCCUCAUCACCCUUCCCCGCGUGGUCAUCGUGGUCAUGAGAUAUCUCUUCGCUUUCCUCAACCACCUCUCGCAGUACAGUGACGAGAACAUGAUGGAUCCCUACAACCUGGCCAUCUGCUUCGGGCCCACCCUCAUGCACAUUCCUGAUGGGCAGGACCCUGUGUCCUGCCAGGCCCACGUCAACGAAGUCAUCAAAACCAUCAUCAUCCAUCAUGAAGCCAUCUUUCCCAGCCCCCGGGAGCUAGAAGGACCCGUGUAUGAAAAAUGCAUGGCUGGAGGGGAAGAAUAUUGUGAUAGCCCACACAGUGAGCCAGGGACCAUUGAUGAAGUUGACCAUGACAAUGGCACUGAACCUCACACCAGUGAUGAAGAAGUGGAACAGAUUGAGGCCAUCGCCAAGUUUGACUACGUGGGGCGGUCCCCACGUGAGCUGUCCUUCAAGAAGGGGGCCUCGCUGCUAUUGUACCACCGUGCCUCGGAGGACUGGUGGGAAGGUCGUCACAACGGCGUGGAUGGGCUCAUCCCACAUCAGUACAUAGUCGUACAGGACAUGGAUGAUGCCUUCUCCGACAGCCUAAGCCAGAAGGCGGACAGUGAGGCCAGCAGUGGGCCACUGCUGGACGACAAGGCCUCCUCCAAAAACGACCUGCAGUCCCCCACGGACCACAUCUCGGAUUACGGCUUUGGGGGGGUGAUGGGCCGAGUGCGGUUACGAUCUGAUGGAGCAGCCAUUCCCAGGCGCCGAAGCGGGGGCGACACACACAGCCCACCCCGGGGCCUGGGCCCCAGCAUAGACACGCCGCCCCGGGCCGCCGCCUGCCCCAGCAGCCCCCACAAAAUCCCCCUCACCCGGGGCAGGAUCGAGAGCCCCGAGAAGCGGAGGAUGGCGACGUUCGGGAGCGCUGGCAGCAUCAACUACUCUGACAAGAAGGCGCUCUCAGAAGGGCACUCCAUGAGGUCGACAUGCGGCUCCACCAGGCACAGCAGCCUGGGGGACCACAAGUCCCUGGAGGCCGAGGCCCUGGCAGAAGACAUAGAGAAGACCAUGAGCACGGCUCUGCACGAGUUGCGGGAACUCGAGAGGCAGAACACGGUCAAGCAGGCGCCAGACGUGGUGCUGGACACCCUGGAGCCCCUGAAGAACCCGCCCGGCCCGGUCAGCUCGGAGCCCGCCAGCCCACUGCACACCAUCGCCAUCCGCGACCCCGACGCCGCCGUGCGCCGCGGCUGCAGCUCCUCCGCCGAGAUGAUGACCACCUUCAAGCCCGCGCUGUCCGCCCGCCUGGCCGGCGCCCAGCUGCGCCCGCCCCCCGUGCGGCCCGUGCGGCCCACGGUCCAGCACCGGUCCAGCAGCAGCAGCAGCUCAGGGGUGGGCAGCCCGGCCGUGACGCCCACCGAGAAGAUGUUCCCCAACAGCUCAGCGGACAAGUCGGGCACCAUGUGACCCGCAGGCUGGGGCGCACCAUGGCCGGGGGGGCCUCUGUGACUUCCACGCCCUUCCCAGUGCUCCUGGCCUCACCGGGCGGGGCCAGAGGUCAGCCUGAAAGAAUGUCUGUGCAGAGCUGAGGCCUAGCGCGGGCAGCAGCUCCAUCCAGCUCGCGGGUGUGACGUGACGGAGGCCAGAGGAGCAGGAGCUGGAGCUGGAGCAGGCGCGGGAGCAGAGCAGCCCCAGCUAGAGCGUGUCCUUAGGUUGUGGCAACAUGGUCAAUGGCUUCGCCGGCAUAUCGUCACUGGAAAACGAUUCUCUCGACAUUCUCUCUACAUACAUAAAUAUGUGUGUAUGUAUGUAUAUGUGUGCAUAUAUACACAUACAUAUGUAUGUAUGUGUCUGUAGGUGUGUGUACAUAUAUAUAUUUAUGCAUCUAUAUACAUAUACUAGAUCGGGACACAUACUAAAUGUAUAUAGGAUCUCCUUUUUCUUUUUACGAAACUUAGAUUUACCUCAGACCCAUGCCACCAAACAUCUCCCGCUGUUAUUUGGUGGGAUUUGCAGGGACUUUUCUGGGAGAACUUAGAGGCCCACAGUAACUGCGAAUGAAGCAAUAUACCACUAAGCUGCAGAAAAACAAACACAGUCUCCCACUGUCUCCAGAAGUCGUGGCCUUCCAGAACAGUCUGCCCCUACAUGAAGGGUGGGGCAGGCAGUCCCCAAGCAGGCUGCUCCUAGAGGUGGGGAACCCCCCCGUCCAACCCAGAGACCCUGCCUUUCCACCUGAAGGCCAAGGACCAACUGUACCCCCAAAGGCACGGGAGGACGUUGGCAGGAAGACCCCUGACCACGGCAUCCGUGUGUUUGUACGUAGAAAAGGGGGUAGUGAGAACCUAAGCCCCAUCGUAGCACAGUAUUAUGUGUGGUUGGGAAAAAAAUAAUAAAACCACAGUGGUAUGGAACACUUCAAAACCUAGAAACGCCGUAGGAAUAUUUCUGGUAACUAUAGAGGUUUAACUUAUACAAUUUUCAAAGUAUUUAAUUUUUUUUCCUUUCCUCUUUCUACUAAUUAUACUGUGUCAGAUGUGGAACUAAACAGGCAAGGAGGUUCUGAGUCACAUCGUUUUCAUUAAAAAUCAGGCCAUGACGCACUUUGGCUGGUGCCUCUUGCACGAAGUGCAUGAACCGUAAGUGCCCAGGGCCGGGGAGGGGCGGUCCUUGGCACUUCCUGUCCCAGAGGAUGCUUCGGUUGAGUUUAUGCAAGUGAAAUAGCUUCCCUCUCGCCCUUCCCUGCCCCUUCACCUGCCUUCUCCAGAGCAUUUAAUGUAAGUGAAAACAUGGUGAAAGAAUUGGGGGUGUGAUCAUCAAGUACAUGAGCAGGGCUUUCACCUCUUGGCUGGGAAAGGGCCUCUGGAUCACCCUCGUUCGAUUCUGUUUUGCUUCCUCUUUGCAUCUCCUGGUUUUCCAGAGAUGGCUGUUUAUGGAUAAUGGGACACAGAUGAGUUAGAUUCCAACGGGACCACCUUUAUUCACUACCUUCAUGCCAAGCCAAGGGUUUCCUCCCUAUUCUUCUCACGCUUCAUCUCUUUCUCAAGGCCUCUGAGUAUGUCCAUGGCUGUGGUUUGGAAUAAAAAGUCCUGUGCGUCCCAGCGCCCACCACUUGGGAGCCGUGGGACUCUGGCAUGUCCCCGCACCUCAUUGAGUCUCAGUUUCCUGCUCCGUAAAAUGAAGAUAAUAAUGAUGAAAUGUAAACGAGUAAGCUGUUUAGAAAGCACUGUGCCAACACGAUUAUUCUUUUUAUUGUCAUUAGUAAGGUAGGUCUUUUAGCCUAAAAACCAUCCGAGACCUUUUUGAAACCUCCUAAUGGCUUUUGAGAGUAGGCAGUGGAAUUUUCCUACCAGCUUCAUAAGAUCCCCAAGCACAGCCCUACAGACAUAUCACCUACAAAUGCUCGAAAUUCCAUCGAUAUCAUUUCACCCCAUUAGAUGAAUUUUGCCUUGUCCUCUGGUCUUCCGCAAAAAGGUGACCCCCAGAGGGAGGGACCCAUUGAGUCACUAAUCCUUGGGUGUGUGGGAGUGGCAAGCCCUUCUGCCUCACCUGAGGAUUGACAUUGAGAGCACACAGUGGAAGGAAGAAGCAAGCAAGGCUCCAAAAAGAGAAUGGCAAGGAGAGGCCAUCACAAGCUUGACCUUCCUUGUUUUGCCUGGAACCAGCUGUUCUCUUAGCUCCUGGAAAUGAAAGCACCUCAGAGCAAGCACCUCUGUGGGCCGUAAGAAUAUAUCCCCGUUGUACAGCUUAGAAAAGAAAGCAAGUCUGUGCCAUGCUCAUAAUUUAAUGGGUGUCUGAGAGCAGGGGUCAUGUCAGGCGCGGAAGUCAUUUAUUUGCGAGGAUGCUAUCCUGUCCAGCCAGGGUACAAGAUAUCCCAUUCCUACCCCACAGAUACUGCCAGACCGUAAAUAUAGUUGCCUCCUGAGCAAAACGUAGCAUUCUCUGCCAGGACUACCAGACGUAAAGAGAAAAUUUGAGUUGACAGACCUGGUGCCUGAUCUACAUAACACCAGUCCAACCAUGUGGCUUUUCCUCUGAAUUGAUUAACUUCAUUUUUCUUUCCUGAGAAUGGACCUGCCUUUUACUGAAUUAUCUGAAGGCAGAGCUGUAGCUGUGUUCUUUAAGCACCUGUUUUUCCAUUGGGAAAAGGCUGAUGAGUUCACAUUUAGAGAAGCUCACAUCUCACUCAUCCAGCCCCAAAUCUGAGCCUUGUCGCAGAACCAAAUGGAAAAAUACUUUCCUGCAUCCCCCACCCGCACCCCCCACUUCCUCAUCUGGCACUCUGCAUGUCUCGGUCCCUCCACAGGCACCCAGUCCCACCCACGGUCACUGAGCACUGGCAUUCUCUUCCUGACUCCUGCCUGUGUUAGUCCACUAUAUAUUGCUGUCUUUGCUUAAAUGCUGGAAAGUAACUGUUAAAAUGUGAAAUCGUAAUUUUAAAAAAGGCGACAAUUAAAUUAUAGCCAAUGCCACUCACCAAAUCUUUGCACCUAGUAGAUAGUUCAAUGUAAAAAACAAAUACGAGAAACCUAACUGUACAGUGAGUGUGGGGGAAAUGUAGUAACCUAGUUCGUAGUCCUCAAUAUAACCAAUUGUACAAGGGGAAGUGGUGUUUACCUACUUGUUCAUCACCAUUACUGAAAGCUGUGCUGAUCAGUUUGUCGAUAACGGGCAUUUUUUUUUAAAUUAUUUUUUUGCUUUUCACAGAAUGCUUUCUUAACCUUCGACUUAUCCUGAGGUCAGGCCUUUUGUCUUUAUGUGUAACCGAUGUUCAGUCUAUUUUAGGAAUGAACCAGCAAGAUGUUCAUUUAAAACUGACCAAAGACAAUUCCUUCCUGGUCUAGUUUCCUGGGCCCCGGGGCCCAGUCGCCGCUAAAGACCUUUCUCGGAUAAAAUUGAGAACAAGCCGUGCUUCCUGCCCCACUCUCCCUCUCUCCUUUCCUUUCCUCUUGAAGAGCUGCUCUGAGCUGUGGGAUUCUAUGAAAAAUUCUUGCCUUUCCUUGUUUCCAGUGCUAACGAUUUCUCACCUUGAAGCGCCUUUGAACCCGGACAGAGCACCAAUGGGAGGGAUAUGUAAGCUUGGGCAUUAGACUUGGGAGUCUGUCCUCUGAGGCCACCAGGCCGAGGAGCAGGAGAGAAGUGGAUUCCCAAGGGCUAACAGGUUUCUAUUCAAUGAAGAAAUCCGAGUGGGAAGAGACACAGGGAAAUGGAGCCAACCUUUGGCCACGGCUGGAACCAGCAGUUCAGAGAUCUGCCUUAUAAACCCUUCAGAACUGGUUUGCGAUGCACAGAGGGAGCCAGCGUGGGGAAGGGCCUUGACGCGGGGCUGGCUCCUCUGUUGGAGGCCCUUGGAGUGCCUUGGUGGGUACGUUUCUUCCUCAUUCAGGAAGCAUCAAUGCAAAGGACUUCCUGUGACCUGGCUGUUACUUGGCACUCAGCGCACAUCCUCGGCUGAUGGGAAACCACAAGGACUAACGUAACGGUUCUUCCUCUCGGUCUUCCUAGUCCUCACUUUUCACACAUCCAGAAGGUUUUACACAUGAGCAAAUGCCUCAUUCUCCCGAGAAACCCGGAAAGAGGAGUGGUUGGCUCACAACCAUGGUGGGCGGGCCCUGUUGGGCUUGGCGGUCGGUUGGCAGGGAGGAAAAGGCAGGAAGGGGUGAGCCGAGGUGUUGCUUAGCUGAUUUUCUGCUGUGCAGAGCUAAUGCUGACGUUUCAUGUCAACUUCCCCGGUUCUCUGGGGUCUCCUCUCUCGUAUAGAGAAUUCCCCACAUGCCCUAACUGCCAGGGGAGCUGAGCGAAGGGACCUGCUGUCGGUUGGAGCGCUCCUGGCCUCUCUGAGGCUGAUCUGCCAGGGUCCCGCUGUCCCGUCCUCUGGGACUGGCCGAAUGGCCAGCGCUGCCCCUCGCUGACACCUCCUUUCUGUGUGAACUGUCCCUAACAAAGCUGUUUCUUGGACCAGAACAAGCAGAACGCACUCCGCCUUCCUUAGACCAAGGCUCUGCUGGAGUUCCUGCUGGGCCCUGGCUCCCGGCAGUGUGGCUGUUUACACGGUUUGGCAAUAGGCUUGGUUCUGAUUGCUUCAGAGUGGCUGGUCUAUUUUGUUUCCUUUGGUUUCCCUCCUCCCGAAACUGUGUCAGGAAAAAAAAAAAAAUCGAAACCACCCUCGGAAAAUUGCUGGUUGCUUGUCCCCACGUGAUGAGAAGUGCUGCCCUCUUCCAGAUAUUGUUUCUCUACCUUACAGCCAACGCCCGUCCUAUAGAGUGUCUGAUUGGAUCCUCUGUCGCAUAUUCUGAUGGUGCCUGCUGGUUUGAUGUGGAGCUAUCCUGUGAAAUAAAACAGCUUAACUUUUCUCAAA